AGUCCAUACCAAGUAUUCAUUCAGCUCAGAAAUUUAACUUUAAUAACAUGGGUACAAUUCGUUAACGUGAAGUUUUGAUUAAUCUUCAUCUUUACAUUAUCAUUCAUAUAUCAUCAUGAUUAUCACUUCGUUUAAUUUAAUUCGGUGAGAAAAGUUUUCUCGUAAGCAAACUUGUGCUCCAUCUAUUAGAAGAAAUCAUCACUGUUGAAAGAAAAACUUUUGGCAAAGUUAAUCAACUAAAUCAAAUCAAGAGAUAACUGUAAAUGAUUCAAAAUGAUUCAUCUCAUCAAUUGAUUCACAGUUGAGUGUAUGAAUCCAUUGGUCUUCCUAUGAACCAAAUUUCAUGGUGUAAAGGAGGAAGUUAAAUCAGCUAAAUUGUCAUUCAAAAUUAUAAGUUAACAUAAUUAUGGUAAUCGAGCACUAAAUUGAAUAGUAGAAUUGUGAUCAAUUAAAGUGAUUUUUUUUCUUGCAUCUUUCAAAAUGAUUUCAUUAUUAGUUGAUUAUUGGCGUUUUAUCAUCGGGUGUAUCAGUUACCUAACUCAUUGGUUCGGUGUCAAGUGUCCAUCGGAAGCGCGAAUCGAGGGUAAGGUUGUGAUAAUUACCGGAUCCAAUCGAACCCUUGGUAAAGAGACUGCCCUAGAAUUGGCUCGACGAGGAGCAGGUAAGAUUGUUCUGGCCUGUCGAGAUUUAGAAGCCGCUAAACUAGUGGCUCAAGAAAUUCAAUCAGAAACUGGUAAUCUAAAUAUCGUCCCAAUGUAUUGCGAUCUUUCAUCAUUUAGACUAAUCAAACAAUUUGUUGACGAUUUCAUUUCAACCAACGAUCGAUUGGACAUUUUGAUUAACAAUGCUGGAAUCUCAAAUGGAUCAACUCAACGGAAAGCAACAAUCGAUGGAUACGAAGAGCAUAUUCAAAUUAAUCAUCUUGGACCUUUGUAUUUAAUCAAUCUCCUUAAACCUCUAUUAAUCAAGUCUUCAAUCUCAUGUCCAUCUAGAAUCAUUUUCGUCACAUCAUCAGCCCAUCGAUGUAUGUUAAGGUUCAAUAUCGACAAUUUAAAUUCAACAUCUUUCUAUCACCCAAGUAUUUGUUAUUGUAAAUCCAAACUCGCCGCCGAGUUGAUAUCUACUCAUUUAGCACCGAAACUCAUUGAGAAAAAUGUAACGAUUAAUACACUGUGUCCAGGAGGAGUUUACACUGAUCUUUUCACUAGAUAUCCGACGGUUGACCGAUACUCUAGUAUUCUUUGUCCAAUAUUACAGUCGCUUUUACGAACUCCGAAAAUGGGCUCACAAACUAUCGUCUAUUGUGCAGUUGAACCUUCACUCGAUAGUGUAACUGGUAAGCACUUUAUGGACUGUCGUCAAACUUUAGCCUCGAGUUUAGCUCGUGACAAAAAUUUAGCUGAGAAAACUUAUCAACUUUCAAUUAACUUAAUAAAAAAAUCUGUUAAUCAAUUCUGAUUAAA